CACACCACAGCACACCACAAACACACACACACACACAGAGCCUCACAGCGUCAUCCUUGGUAGGUUUCCAGCUCCCUCCUUCCUUCCUAAACUUUGCUCACCCUUUCAGAGUCUUCUUCUUCCGAGAGGAGAAGAGGGACACAAGUCCGCUUGAGGGAAACAAGAAUUAAUACAUCUUACUUAGGGAGUUUCUAUUGCCCCCACCCCAAAUGGAGACGCUGCCUGAUGUGGGUUUCGAAAGACCCUUCCACAUUGAGACGCCUUUGCUGGAGAGUGUGGCCCUGUCGCAAACAUCUGGAACCAAAGUCUACAUGAAGUUGGAGAAUGUCCAGCCAAGCGGCUCCUUCAAAAUCCGAGGCAUUGGCUACUUUUGCCAACAGAUGGCUAAGAAGGGCUGUCGACAUCUGGUCUGCUCCUCAGGUGGAAAUGCCGGCUUGGCUGCAGCCUACGCAGCGAGGGAACUGAGGAUGCCCGCGACAAUCGUUGUGCCCUGUGGCACCACAGAGUCAACGAUAAAAAGGCUCGAGCAGUACAGAGCAAACGUGGAAAUCUUUGGGAAGGUAAAAAUAGGGAAAUUAAAAUGUUCCAGAAUUCAGGAACGGCUUUGGCUCCCUCGGCUAAGAAGCGGAGAUGAGCUCCAGAGACUGACAGAGAAACCUUUUCCUUUUCAUAGCAAAGUAGAAUUAGCUUGUUUCCCCGGUUGGUCCUUGUGGUAAGUAAGGCUUGGCGUUGGGAUUCAUUCUUGGAAUGUAAUUUUCUGCAGCAACAACGAUAGCAUUCAGCCAGUAGAUGGCAGUGUUUACAAACUGGACUCUGUACUCAAUGCUCUUUUGUUGUAAGUAGAGUUUCCUCUUUCUUGUUGCAGUUAAAACAGUUAAGCAGUAAAACACAUGGUGACUGUACCCUUUGUUUGAGAGAGAGAGAUAAUAAAAAUACAAU